UGCCCUCCGACGCUCCCCCGUCCGUAGCCGCCGCUGGCUAUUUUGGCCCGCCCCCCUCGCCGCCGCCCGUUCCGUUCCGUUUCUUCCUUCGCAAGUUGGUCGCGCGCUCAAGGAGCCGAAUCGCCCACCUUCCCCCCCAAACCCCGCUCCCCCCGAACGAAAUCCUCAAGAAAAUAAAUCUCCCACCGAGCGAGCAGAGGACACCCGAGAUGGCGGCUCGGCGGCUGGCCGGCGCGGGCCGCGCGGUGCUGUCGCUACCCAGCGUGCGGCGGCGGGCGACCAACUCCUGGGCCGCCGUCCGCGACACCUUCUUCUCCACCAAGGAAGUGUUCGAGAGCCACCGCGUCGUCUUCACCGUCGGCACCUCCAUCGCCUCCGUCCUCACGGCGUGGGCCGGUUAUUCUCUUCGUCAUAUGCAGCAAACAAAGAUCGACAAGAGGCUCCAUUCCAUUGAGGAAUCUUUGAGGAACACCCACAAAGUUGAACAUGAUGAGAUCAAAAAGAUUGUUACCUCCUAUAAUAUUAGCACUUCAGCUUGUAUAGCCACUGCAUUGACAACUACGGUUGUUGGGUACGCCUUGGGGUGGCGCGGCGGAGCCUGGUACACCCGGAGGAUCGUCCGGAGGGAGCAGCAGAAGCUGAUGGGCCAGAUAAAGUCGCAGAACCGGUGGCACUGGCGCCCCUUCAGCAAGCUGAGAACCCGUUUCAGGAGCAACCGGCACGCCUCCAAGAGCUCGGACGCCCCGCCACUUCCCGGCAAGGACGCCGAGGCCUCAAUCAACAAGGGCCAGGGGGCAGAGGCCCUUUCGAACAAGGCGGCCUCUGCGAACGUUGGCAGCGGCUCUCAGCCCGCAGCAGCGGCGGCAGGCUGCAGAUGACUCUGAUUAGAAAGAAAACGCGGGGUUUUGAAGGAAACAAUCAUGAUGUGCCUGAGAAUAGAGGGCAAACAUGCUAAGAUGAUGUAGCUUAUGUGAACUGGCUGUCAGCCAGCCGCCAGUCGGUCUGAUCCGGUGGUGGAUAAUUUUGUAGCGCUAGUGGGCUAAA